GUUCGCGUGACCUUUACACCGGGGACAUUGUCAAAGGAUAAAUCGCGCAUAGCUGAUCAAAGCAAAAGUGCCAUCUUCAACUACAAGCCUUUGAGACGCGCGGACAGUAAGAACUUAUUGUCCAGAUUCCGCCCACCAGAUGCGACCCUUACAACACUUCAGAAUCUGUCUCCUUGGUUGUCCGUCUCUAAGUCGGAUUUCCGUGACCCACGAUUGAAUAGCGAAUUAGCGUACGAUGGUCACUUUGAUAAAGAAUCAUUGGAGAUAUUAAAACCAAGGUUGUUUCGAAGGAGCUUUACGGAAGGCCAAAUAGAUCUUUCUAAGGUUUUUAUUGAUGAAGCAUCUGCAACCAAUACAUACCAAGCCGAAUCUUUAGCUCGACGAGCAGGUUUUGAUCCGAGAUGUAUACCAACGUACAAACCACAGUCAAGGGAACUUUCGAUCACUAAACGCGACACAAUAACUUCGCAGAAAGAUAGUAGGCGGAGUGUAUCAGCGUUGUCUGAUAGGGCGGAUCAAAUCGAAGUGGGUGUUACAUACGAGAGUAUUGACGCAGUCAAAGUUGAUGAUCAAAGGAGGGAAGCUGAGGAAAGACAUAUAAAUCAAACUCAUCCUGCUACAGAUAGCCCGACACGAAUGGUCGAUGCAAACCGCAGUUUUAAAAAGAAGCUAGUUAGUAAAACCCCGGAACGUUUGGUAAACUAUUACAGCGGCUAUUUACCACCGGAACUUUCCAGCGAAAUCGCUGAGCAGUGGGAAAGGAGUGCCAACAGUAGAUCCAUGUCGAAAACACCAGAUCCAUACGCCGUGUCGCCGAACAGCCAUAUGAACAAACCACUGAUUGGGGAUAGGUCCUUCUAUAUGCGAAACGCCUUUCCAGUCACCAGAAAGUAUUGCCGUUCUGAUAUAGAUGCCAUGCGCCUUGAAGGCCGUAAAAAGCUCCUACAGUCGUAUGGACACGUACCAGCGCAUUAUUCCGUCCUCAAGGAAGGUAAGAAAGGAAUAGCUUUGGAUGAGGCGAUUCGAGAAAAGCAAAGCCGGCUUUCGGCUUCAUUUAGACGAAGCAAGUCCUUCGUAAGCCAACCGAAAGGCAUCGAUUUGGCUAAGGAGCAAAAGCCAUCAGAUCCCUCAACAGAUACGCAAAAGGGUACUGAAACGGUGAAUAAAGCUCCUUUAAAGAAACUGAUGGAUCCUUUACCCAAUAGUAACCCUAAGCAAGGUUUAUCUUCGAUAGAGAAGUUUCAGAUUCAGAGGGAAAGGACAUAUCAAUUACAGAGUCAAGCACGAGAGAUGCUUAGCAAAUAGGAGUUUACUAACUGUGUCUAGUAUUUCUGCAAAGAUUGUAUUCCGAAUUUGUGUGCAUCAUCAAUACAUUCAAGUUAAAAAUAAGACUACGUUUAAACGUAUUUGCCAUCUGAAGAGAUAUGCGAAUAGUAUGCUUAUCAAGCGUGUGCAUGUUUUGUCUAAUUCAACUUGUUGAAUUUCCUAAACUCGCAAUGAGUUACAAUUCCCGUUUCAAGUAGGUGAUACCAAUUUUAAUAAUUAAAUAUUCACAUUCGAUGUUCUCUUAUAAAUAAAAGUAAUUGAUCAGAACAAGAAAUUCUUUCUUGAGUUAGGCAAAUUGUUUACUAUAUUGAUCAAGUAUUGUUCGCAAAUAAGAAUGAAAUGCAAACGAUGUUGAGAUACGUAAACUAUAUUGAAAACUCAAUGUUAACAAAGUGUUGCUUUACUUGAACAAAGAAAUUAGCAAAACUACCUUGUUAAAAUGUGUAAAUAGUUUCAAUAAAUGUUGCAAGAGUUGUUGCAUAGUCUUAUGUAAUGAAUGUUAGUGUAUUUGUUUCAUACAUCCAAACCUACGUGUAUUUAUAAGUUGCAUUAUUUAUUUAUUUUAUGUUUAGUACAAUUAUAAAGUUGUCUUGGUUACACAUUGGAAGUAUGUUAUGUUUAAUGUUUACAGCCACAAACAAUUGUGUUAGUUUGUUCCAAGUGUUGAUGUUGUGUGUUGUACUUAAAAAAACUAUUUAAACUUACACGAAUAAAGUCAAGAGCGAGAUAUAGUUAAAACACGCAAUUAAAUUAUUUAAAUGACAUGUAAGUUUAGAAAGAAAUAUGAUU